UGGGAAUUCCUAGGGUGUGCGUUGCAGAGGGAAGGGGCGCAGGUGAUUACGCCAGGUCGCCCAGCGUCUGAAUUGAGUUUCAGAAGUUGCAGUGACCCCAGAGUCUGCACUGGCAGUGCGGGAUAAGGGGGAAGGGAGGAGUCUGGAGUCCAGAGUGGAAUACCCGGGAGGAGCUGGGGUCUCCAGGACUCAAGGCUGGCAACCCAGGUGUUCAGAAUUGGCUGGCGGACAGGCGGGAAAAGAGGCGAUAAAGAGACCAAGAAUCUGGAAAACAGAAAAUGUCUGUAGAUUGCUGUGCCAGGGUUCAGUUGUCAGUGGCCAGAACUUGAUGUUAGCCAGGCAGGUGGCACCGGUUUGAGGGCAGUGAGGCUUCUAGCCGUGCCUUGAGGCUGAGGGGGCAGGUGACGUGGGUCUGAUGCCCGAGGGGACCACCUGAGCACCGACUUCGCAGAAUGUAGAUAUAGUUGAAACGCGCGCGCGCACACACACACACACACACACACACACACACACACACACGACCGGAUUUAAAUCCUCAAAUACCUCUGAUUUAGUUCUCUCCAUUUAUUUUCUGGCCCCACCCCCAUCCGCUCCCUCCUGAGGCUGUGCCCACCUGUGGGUUCUGGCUGGAUGGCCUGGGCACAUCUUCCUUCCCUCUCUCUGUUCCUCCUCUUCAAGAUCUAAUUGCUUUCAUCGUCUUGUCUUGGGGUUAGAAUGUGGAACUCCAGAGCCUUAAGGAAUUCCAGAAUUCCAAGUCCCUAGAUGCCUGUGGACCUUGCCCCAGCCCAAUGGGUGCCCAGCGUAGUUGUGGAAUGAGCAAGGACAAAGGCCCAGGGGGUGUGAGGGUCAAGGCUGAGGGCAUAGAGGCUCGGGAAGGCAGCUCAGGAAAUGAAGGCCCGUUAGUCUUGCCAGCUUUACCUGGCGCUCCCCGGGCGGGGCUCCCAUCUUGGCCAGGACUGGGAACAUGCCAGGGUUCCCUCCUCACCAAGAUGCUGUACGCAUGCUCAACACCCUGCAGACCAAUGCCAGCUACCUGGAGCAGGUGAAGCGUCAGCGGAGUGACCCUCAGGCGCAGCUGGAAGCCAUGGAGGUGUACCUGGUACGGAGUGGACUGCAGGUGGAGGACCUAAACCGUCUAAACAUUAUCCACGUCACUGGGACCAAAGGAAAGGGCUCCACCUGUGCCUUCACUGAACGCAUCCUGCGGAACUACGGCCUGAAGACAGGCUUCUUUAGCUCUCCCCACCUGGUGCAGGUGCGUGAACGGAUUCGCAUCAAUGGGAAGCCCAUCAGUCCCGAACUUUUCACCAAGCACUUCUGGCGCCUCUAUCACCAGCUGGAGGAGUUCAAGGAUGACAGCCACAUUUCCAUGCCUGCUUACUUCCGCUUCCUCACGCUCAUGGCCUUCCACGUCUUCCUCCAAGAGAAGGUGGACCUGGCUGUGGUAGAAGUGGGCAUUGGCGGGGCUUAUGACUGCACCAACAUCAUCAGAAAGCCAGUGGUGUGUGGAGUGUCCUCUCUUGGUAUUGACCACACCAGCCUGCUAGGAGACACGGUGGAGAAGAUAGCCUGGCAGAAAGGGGGCAUCUUUAAGCCUGGUGUCCCUGCCUUUACUGUGCUACAGCCAGAAGGUCCCCUGGCCGUGCUGAGGGAUCGAGCCCAGCAGACCUCAUGUCCUCUGUACCUGUGUCCACCGUUGGAAGCCCUGGAAGAGGGUGGGCUGCCGCUGACCCUGGGCCUGGAGGGAGAGCACCAGCGGUCCAAUGCAGCCUUAGCCUUGCAGCUGGCCCAUAGUUGGCUGGAGCAGCGGGACCACCAGGACAUCCGGGAGCUGAAGGUGUCCAGGCCAGGCACACGGGGGCAGCUGCCUCUGGCACCUGUCUUCCAUCCCACCUCUCACAUGAGACAUGGGCUUCGGGACACGGAGUGGCCUGGUCGGACACAGGUGCUGCGGCGGGGACCUCUCACCUGGUACCUGGACGGCGCACACACCACCAGCAGUAUGCAGGCCUGUGCGCGCUGGUAUUGCCAGUCAUUACAGCGCAGUAAACGCCCCAGUGGUGGGCCUGAAGUACACGUCCUGCUGUUCAACUCCACCGGUGACAGGGACUCUGCCGCUCUGCUGAAGCUGCUGCAGAGCCUGACACCGUGUCCCUUGGCCUCCCAGCCCUGCCGGUUUGACUACGCCGUCUUCUGCCCCAACCUGACAGAGGUGUCAUCCACAGAAAACGCAGACCAGCAGAACUUCACGGUGACUCUGGACCAGGUGCUGCUCCGCUGCCUCCAACACCAGCAACACUGGAGCUGCCUGGCCGAGAAACAAGCCGGCCCCGACCUCUGGAGCGGCCCCGGCGGCGGCGCAGAGCCCGGCGGGCCGGGGGGCUCCCUGCUGCUGGCGCUGCACCCACCUCACUCUGCUAGCACGGACUCCCUAGUUUUUAGCUGCAUCUCCCACGCCCUGCAGUGGAUCAGCCAAGGCCGGGAUCCCAUCUUUCAACCCCCGAACCCCCCGAGGAGCCUCCUCAGCCACCCCACAGCCAGCAGUGGGGCAAGCAUUCUCCGUGAGGCUGCUGCGGUCCACGUACUGGUCACGGGGAGCCUGCACCUGGUGGGUGGAGUCCUAAAGCUGCUGGAGCCUUCCCUGUCCCAGUAGCCAAGGCCUGGGAUCAGAGCCGGGAACUUCACACCUGCCUGCUUCUCCACAGACGGAUACUCAGUGCCUUUGGAUUUCUGCUUGCAGAUUCUUUUUGAGACUGGCCUAGGGAUGUGAGAAGCGCCGGCCGCACCGUGGCCUCUCCUUCCUCUGGCAUAGACAGGAGGGGGCUUCCCAGAGUCCCUACCAUUGCAGGCUUUCAGUCCAGCCCGCCCUGCCCACCCUGCUGCCUCCUGGCUCAGGCCCAGCUUAUGUGCAAGCUGCCUGACCAGCCUAUAGACCUGCCUGGGGCUAGGCCAGAGACUUCCUCUUCCCCCCGGUGCCUUCUGGGAAGAGAGAGGGCCUUUGCCUGGGCAUUUGGGGACUGUGAGUUGCUAGAACUAAUUGAAGCUUUUAAACCCUUUCAUUUUUUAUUUUUUGUAAAUAAACGACAAACUUUUGAUUGACUCUUAA